GAGUGUCCCCGCCACCCUGUGGCUGCAGGCCCUGCAAUGCGAGGUUGCGCAAAGCUCAUAUCUUCGACGCACCCAACUCUUCAUUUUGCACAUCCAACCGUUGAAUCCUUCAUCUGGAACAACCUUAUUCGAGCCCAUGCCCAAGCCGGGUCUCGGGCUGACGCCCUAACGCAUACACCAAUCUCCAUCUUUCUCCGGAUGCGCUUCCAUGGAGUCGAACCAGACUUCCAUACCUUCCCUUUCCUUCUCCAAUCUUUCGAUUCCCCACCUCACCUCCAAUCAGGAAAACAAACCCACGCGCAAAUUCUCCUCUUUGGGCGCGCUAACGACCAGUUUGUUCAAACGUCCCUCAUCAACAUGUACUCGUCUUGUGGCAAUUUGAUGCUUGCGCGUCAAGCAUUCGAUGAGAUUGCCCAACCCGAUUUACCGUCUUGGAACUCGAUCAUUAAUGCGAAUGUUAAAGCCGGUUUGGUUGAUAUUGCAAGGAAGCUGUUUGACGAGAUGCCUGAAAGGAAUGUUAUAUCUUGGAGUUGUAUGAUAAAUGGGUAUGGGAGGUCUGGUGAGUAUAAAGAAGCUCUUGCUUUGUUUCGUGAGAUGCAAAAGGUGGAAGUGAAUGGAGUUAAGCCUAAUGAGUUCACCGUGUCCAGUGUGCUUUUGGCUUGUGGACGGUUAGGUGCACUUGAGCAUGGGAAAUGGGUUCAUACUUAUAUUGGGAAAUGUGGAAUGGAAGUUGAUGUUGUGUUAGGAACUUCAUUGGUAGACAUGUAUGCGAAAUGUGGGAGUAUUGAGAGGGCAAAGUGGGUAUUUGAUAAUAUGGGUCCUAAUAAGGAUAUGAUGGCUUGCAGUGCUAUGAUCUCGGGAUUGGCCAUGCAUGGACAUGCCGAAGAAUGCCUUGAAUUAUUUGCAAAGAUGACAAAUUAUGGGGUGAGACCUAAUGCUGUAACAUUUUUGGGCGUCCUUUGUGCUUGUGUACAUGGAGGUUUGGUGAGUGAAGGGCAGGAGUAUUUUAGGAGGAUGAGUGAGGAGUUUGGUAUUACUCCUUUGAUCCAACACUAUGGUUGCAUGGUAGACCUUUAUGGAAGAGCUGGUCUCAUUGAGGAGGCAUGCGUUUUGGUCAAGUCUAUGCCUAUGGAGCCUGAUGUGCUGGUAUGGGGUGCUCUGCUUAGCGGAUCUAGGAUGCAUGGGGACAUUGAAACGUGUGAGAUUGCACUUAAAAAACUAAUUGAGUUGGAUCCCACAAACAGUGGUGCCUAUGUGCUUCUGUCCAAUGUGUACGCAAAAAGGGGUAGGUGGGCGGAUGUGAGGCAUGUGAGAGAUCUUAUGGAGGCAAGGGGGAUCAAGAAAGUUCCUGGUUGUAGUUUGGUAGAGUUGGGAGGUGUCCUUCAUGAGUUUUUGGUGGGUGAUGAUUCUCAUCCAGAAACCAGAGAGAUAUAUAAGAUGCUUGAUGAGAUUAUGAAGAGGUUGAAGAUGGAGGGUUAUGUGGGGAACACGAAUGAGGUAUUGCUUGAUUUGGACGAGGAAGGAAGGGAGUUGGCAAUAUCCCUUCAUAGUGAAAAAUUGGCCAUUGCCUUUUGCUUUUUAAAGACCAGUCCAGGUACUGCAAUCCGAAUUGUUAAGAACCUAAGGAUUUGUAGUGAUUGUCAUGUUGCAAUAAAGAUGAUAUCUAGGGUGUUUGACAGGGAGAUUGUUGUUAGAGAUUGCAAUCGAUUUCACCAUUUUAAAGGUGGAUUAUGCUCUUGUAAAGACUACUGGUAGGCUGAUAGGAAAAUUCUAGCCCAAGUUAUAUUGGAAUUAAUCCUCCUUUAAUAGGCCACAUGUUUUUUCGGUCCUAUACAGUAUACAACAUGGAAGGGGGGAAAUCCAAGCUGAGAUCUAGAGCAAGCGAACCUCAAAGGAUUUCUAGAACACUUCCUUUCUAGAACACUUCCUUGGCCUUAUGAACUUGGAGAUGAUUCGGCCAAUUGCUGGAUGGUUGAAAUUCUGCAUUUGAGAAGAAGGUUAAUUAUUAGCUUACGAGCAAAGAAAUCCAUCAUUAGGCUUGAACAGAACUGCUUGAGGUGACUUAUAUUCAUCAGCUAUGUGUUUAUGUGAGCAUCAAAACGCCACUGAAGAAAUGAUGCCUGUAUAUUUACUACAGUCAUUAUGCAAUGAUUGCAUUUCUUCUUCAUCUUCUUCCUACUAUUUUCCCACCUAUAAACAAUGUACAUUUGCUAACAUUAUUGUUGUUUUCUUGACUUCUGUAAGACACUUUGCUUAAAUUGGUACUUUGACUGUUUGUUGGCAAUAAUGGUAUGCGAAAUA